AUGUUAACACACAAUCCAAGCCUCGGCACCAAGGUCACCGACCUUAACGCACCCGCCAUUCGAGAAGGAGCUGGACCGGUAGCUUCGGAUUCCCUUGCGGCAGAAUCAACCAGAGAAGGAGGCGGCUUCUCAGAGAACCGCAAUAGCGAGCCUCAAGACGUCAAGGGCGCAAAUUCUACCUUUGCUAAUGCCAACACAUCAGGAGCUUCACGUCUAGAUCCCGCCUCCGACGCCGAGGCGAGACUUGCACAGGAAGACUGGAAAGAGGAGCGCAAGCUAGGAGCUGCAUCCACCUCUUACCCCACCGCUGCUGGUGGGCAAUCCAAGGGCCUUGCUGUUGAGAAUACUGAGGGGUCCUAUGAGACGGGCGGGCGUUCGAACGCAGCUAGGACUGCUCCGAGCUAUAUCAACGCUCAGUUUAAAAAUAAAAGCGGACCUCGUGGAAAGAAUUUGACUGAGGGGGGGUUUGAGAGUAAUGAUUCGAAGAAUGCAAGCUUCAACCAGGAGAUAGGGACAAAGAAUGAUCCAGGACGUUUAGCAGAAGAGAAAAUGAACAGGACGAAUGCAGAUGUGGCUGGAGAUGCGGCCAUACCGAGACAGCAGGGUACCACUGGUGAUAAUGGUUAUGAUGCUUUAGGAGGAGACACUCCUGCAUGA